AUGUCUGGUGGAUCACAAGAACAACAUCAAUUAGUCGUUCCUAAUGUGUAUGAUUCCAAUUCGCAUACUCAAACAAAUGGUGGUCGUGAAAUACAAGAGUAUCGAGAAGAACAAGAAAUAGCAUUACAAAAACAAGACAAUCAAGCAACAUCAGAAAUUGUAGAAGAAAAAGAAGAAGAAAAUGAUGGUUUCAUAGAUUAUUUAGAUGAUUACAAUCCAAUGAAUACUCUUAUCAUUAUUGAUUUACCAUGGCCACAAGCAACAGAGUGA